UUUAAUAGACUUAAUUUAAUAGAAUUUAAGAUAUGGUAAUGAGUAUAAAAACAAAUGUACACACAAGUGUUGAAUAUUUAUGUCUGAAUACAAUUAAAAAAUAGCUAACGCAACAUUCUUUUAAAAAAAAGGAAAAAAAAGUUUAUUUAUCCGUCUAAAUCAAGGCGCUGUGUCCGAUUGAUCACAUUCCAAAUUGCUCCCUCUACUGUCUACCUAGUGCACUACAUAGGGAGUACAUCCUAUUAUUUCAAGAGGCGUGUAGUGCACGUGUGUAGGGCGCACGCAGGAAUUUGGGCAUCGAUAUUAAUUGAACAACUUGCAGCGUUUAACUGCAGCAAAUUAGCCUGUUUGAGACUUGUUCUUUCGGAUAGAAGUCUAUUAUUAGAAUUCCCGUCUUCAAAUUCUGUUCAUUCGUGACUAUAUCUUUAAUAAGUAGGAGAUAAUUAAGUUUCAUCCUGAUGCUGUGUGAAGCUAGAAAUGCUAAACAAAGCUAGCUAACAUUAGAGAAUUUCAUGGGUGUUAGCUAAGUCCAUACGUUUAACUAUCUACGAACGAGUGGUGCAAAGUACACAUUACAUCAUGUAUUAGUGUAUUUGUGUUAAUAUUAGUUGUUCUUGUGUGUAUGUAUGAAAGCAGAAUCCCCAAGAUGGCGCCGAGUGCGCUGUAAGCUAGUGCGCAUGCGCGUCGAAUAAUCGCCAAGGCUAUUAAAACGGAUUAUUAAAACUUCUCACAGAAAUUUCCUCGUUAAAGCGCCAUGAGUUCACACGGAGCUCAAGUUCCGUGCGAGUCACCUUUAGAGAAUAAACGCUUAAAUCUCAUCCCUAUUGGGCGACAGCUCCAGAGAACUCCUCCGACUAAGAUCCCGAACACGCAAACCACGCGUCCAUCAGAAGAACCGGCCAUCAUGGAGGAAGAAGACUCACAGACGGUACCGGAGGACGACACCGAUGGGGGGCAGGACGAUGCCACGUGCACCUUUGUGAAGGAGGAGAGGAAGUCGUAUCGCAGGUCCAGCGUCACGUCGGCGUCUGCGAAGAUGUGGAACGCAGACCCUGACGCUUUCAUCCAGGGCAUGCAGGGCUACCAGUGGACUGACGCAGACCUGGAGUUCGUCUAUCACGCCAAGCAGCAGAAACGAGCCCAACAGCUACAGCAAGAGUUAAGCGAGGUCGAGAAAACUCUACAGGUCGAAACUCAAAGGUUGGAGCUGGCCGUCGCCUCUCGAGACCAACUCCAGUUCAAACUGUCUAAGACUCCGUCCUGCGACUCGCUGCUGCAGCUGUGUAAAAGCGUCCUGUCCCGUUCUCGAACCUCUGAUCAGCUGGACGGUUUGGGAGACAGAGCUCUGCUCUCGCUGUUGGAUCUCCAGGACGUUCAGCGGGCCGUGCGUGAGGAAAACGCCAAGAUCAGUCGUCUCGAGAGAGAUGCGGCUCAAGCUCAGGAGCUCAGAGACAUGGAGGAGAAAGCCAUGAGGGACAUGGACAUCUGCCAAAAGAAAAUCAGCACACUUCAGGCAAACAUAGAUGCUCUGAAGGUGGAACUCGCAGGGUUGAAGACUCGGCUGUUGGAGAAAGAGGCCUCAGUGGGGUCUCAAGUGCCAGAGAAAGGUCGCAUGUUAUCCAGAAGGGCUAAACCCUCAACCAAGGCCCCUAAGGAGAAAGUCUUGAAGGAGACAGCUGAGAAGGAAACGGCUCGAAAGGAGAAGGCUGGCAAGGACACGUGUGAGGAAGGUAAGACAGCUCAAAAGGAAAAGGCGUCAAAAAAGACGGCUUCAAAGAAAAAUGCCAAGAAGGAAACGUCCCCAGAGGAGAUGGCCCCAAGUGAGACCCCCUCACAAGUAAAGACCCCAGUGGAGACGGACACAGAGAAGAUGCCCCCAAAGAUAAAGUUCUCAAACGUGGCUCAAGUGCUUGAGAAAGGCCGUAAGGGAUCCAGAACGGCUAAAACCCCAACCAUGACCCCAAAGGACAAAGCCCAGAAUAAGACGCCUCUGAAACGUUCGAUCGAGAACGAGACGGUCUCAAUGGAGAUGGCUGAGAAAGGCAAUACCGCCCCAAAGAGAAAGGCCCCAAAAAAGAUGACUUCAAAAAAGGCUGCCGAGAAGGAAUUGGCCCCAGACGAGACAGCUUCCCAAGUAAAGACUCCAGAGGAGACGGCCCCAGAGAAGAUGCCCCGAAACGUGAAGUACUCCAAUGUGGUUCAAGCACUGGAGAAAGGCCGUAAGGGAUCAAGAACAGCUAAAACCUCAACCACGGCCCAAAAGGAUAAAGCCCUGAAGAAGACAGCUCUGACUGAGUCGACUGAGAACAAGAUGACACAGAUGGAGACGGUUGACAAGGAAAUGACUGAGAAUGGUAAUACAGCCCCAAAGAUAAAGGCCCCAAAAAAGACGACUGCAAAAAAAAAUGCAGAGAAGGAAUUGGCCCCAGAUGAGGCAGUAAAGACUCCGAAGGAGACGGCCCCAGAGGAGCUUCCCCCAAAGGUAAAGUCCUUAAAUGUGGCUCAAGUGUUGACAAAAGGACGCAAGGGAUCCACAACGGCUAAACUAUCAACCAUAGCCCUGAAGGAGAAGGGCUUGACGAAGACAGGUCUGAGAGAGACAGGUGAGAAGGAAACAGCUCAGAUUGAGGCGGACGAGAAAGGUAAGACCGCCCGACAGGUAAAGGCCCCCAAAAAAGUAACUUCAAAGAAUACGGCUGAGAAGGAAACGGCUCCAGAGGAGAUGGCCUCACAAGUAAAGACAAUGCAUGAGAAUGUCUUGGGUGAGUUGGCCUCAAAGGUACGAGCCCAAAAGAUUAUGCCAAAGAAAACUGAUGAGAUGGCCCUGGAGGAGACGGCCUUGAUAGUUAAUGCCCCAGAGGAGACGUCACUGGAGGAGACCGCACCAAAGGCAUCGAAGCGAAAGGCCCCAAAGAAGACAGCUUCGAAGAAAACUGCUGACAUGGAGAUGCCCACAGAGUUGACAGUUGAGGGGGUGACGGCUACUAAGAAGAUGACAUCGAAAGUAAGGGGCCCGAAGAAGAUGGACCUGAAGAAGACGGCCAUGCAGGAAAUAGCUGAGGAAGAGCAUGCUCUGAAGGAGACAGUUUUGAAGAAUGGUCUGAAAGGGGCAGACACUCAUAAAAAGGAGAUGGCAGUGAAAAACAAGGUUAAGAAAGAGACCGACCCAGAGGAGACCGCUUCAAAAAAGAUGACUCUGAAUGAAGUGGAGGAUGAGGUGACUUCAACGAAAGCAGCCUCAAACGUGAAGGCCCCAAAAGAAACGCCUGAGAAAGAGACCAUUUUGAGCAGAAGGGCCUCAAAAGAAAAAGAGCCCAAGCAGAAAGCUGGGAAGAACCCAAGUGAAGAUGAGGAUUCCUUAAAUGCAGCGCCGGCACUGGGAAGAGCCCGAAAAGCAGCCAAACCCCCGAACUCUCCAUUAGGAAGUGAUCCUGAAACAGUGCGUCGCUCGAAAAGGAAUGCUGUGAAGAAUAUAAGUCUGAGCAAGACAAUCCCUGAGAAAAUGACACGCUCCAGGCGGAGGUGAUCGUCCGAGGUAAGGAAACAACAAAACAUUUAAAUCUCUGUUUAAAUCCACGUGUUUUGGAUAUUGACAACAUUUAGGGACGUUUAAUAUUUUUUUGGCCGAACCAUUUUUUGUUUUCCCCCAAAGAUGGCCUUCCAUGUGAGACAUGGCGUGAGACAUUUUAGGUAGGGGGGGAAAGAAUCGAGACCGUGAUAGUGAUUUUCACUUCACCGUGAUCACUUACCGCCCUCUAGUGGACAUGUCAGUCUUCACACGAGUGCAAAACGGCACGUGGGAUUCAGUUCACAAUGCACAUCCCUCCAAAAUUCACCUUAAAAGAUUUCGACAUUUUACUUCUACUUUUUAUUUAUUUAUUUAUUUAUUUAUUUAUUUAUUUAUUUUUGCAUGCUUAUUGUGUUGCACAGACGUUUGUCUGAAAUUUCAGAAGUUGUUGGCCACUUUAUCCGUCCUGCUCUUUUUGUCUUAAGAGUAUAACACUAUCUGAAAAUAGAUAAGGGAAAAUGCAGCUUUUUCAAAAAAAAAAAAAAUGCUGAUAUCACGUGAUGUCCAUGAUUCCAAGAUGGCAGAAUGUAUUGCGGUGCUCUUUCCUGUAAUAUCUGAUGUUAAUUUAAUGUUGGAUUGUAUACAGAGACAUAUUUAGUUCUAGUUGGUCCACCACAAACUAGGUUCGUACUCAUCCUUGUUCCUCUCAAAUAUCCAUGUUUUUCAGCCGAACGUGCCAUCACGCUACAUUUCCUAAACACACUCAGCAGGGCUACACGUUGCGGUCAAAACUGGAGAGUACAAGCCAAACUUCGGAGAGAGCAAGAGAUCAGAGCGUUCACGCUAUAAUCAAAUCCUGUGUGAUUUUUAUUUUUUAUUUUUUUUUUAUUAGACGGGUGGAACCAGCUUAUGUCAACAUUUCUGUUGGAUGGGGAAGGAUUGGUGUUGAAAUCGCUAACACUUUCAAAAACGCCUCUCAGACUUGUCUCCAUUGUAAUGCUUUCCAGACUUCAUGCUUCUGACUCAGCGAUAUCCGAAGCUACCACAUGUCCAUUUUUAGUGUGAAAGUUUAGUGAUUUUUAAAAAACAUAAAAUAAAUAAAUAAAUAAAAAAUUCAGUGUUUACGUUCCACUCUAUCAUGGGGACAUAGUCCAGCACCUCACGUUCGUAAUGACUUACUGAUGAGACGGAAUCACUCGCAGACCACGACAAUUAUGCGUACACGCGUACGGUCACGUCUUCAACAUGGUGCAUAAAAGUCUACAGAACUGUGACUUUUCCGUUAACUGUGAGGGGGAAAAAAACAUCAAGAGAAGGAUGUUUUUCCCAGAUCCAAUAUUUUUAUUGAAGCAAAUACCUAUCACUCGUGAAAAAAAUAAUUGCCCGCUUAAUCUUAAAAUCUGGUUGUGCCACCUUAAGCAGCAAUAAAGCUGCUAAAAGUCUUUCACAGCGCCGUGGUGGAAUUUUGGUCCACUCUUCUUUGCAGAACUGCUUUAGUUCAGCCACACAGGAGGUGUGAACUACCUGUUUGAGGUCCUGCCUCAGCAUCUCAAUUGGUUCCAGUCAG